UGCGGGGGGUGAUUGUGUCUUGUGUUUUCUAUUUUUAACGGUUUGUUGAUAAUAAAUGUUCAUACACGCCGGCUAUUGUAGCGAAACUGUGUGAACACUUGUGUUUAUUUGGUUAAUGUUGAUUGAAAAGUGGCGCGUUAAAGAUGACGACCCAACCAGAAGUCGGUGUGUCCGAUUUCGUCCUUCUGGACAAUUUGACUACGGACAAGUUCAUUGAAAAUUUGCAACUGAGAUUCCAACACAACAAAAUCUACACAUACAUCGGUGAGGUGCUAGUAUCCGUCAACCCGUACAAGACCCUCGACAUCUAUGGCCAGCAACACAUGGCGCAGUACCGGGGAAGGGAGAUGUUCGAAGUGCCCCCGCACGUGUACGCAGUCGCUGAUGCCUGCCAAAGAGUUCUGCGACAACAGGGCAGAGAUACAUGCGUACUCAUAUCCGGAGAAUCGGGGGCGGGGAAAACGGAGGCCUCCAAGUUUAUCAUGAAGUACAUCGCUGCCAACACCAUGCAGGUGCACAGAGAAUAUAUCGACAGAGUAAAAAACGUUUUAAUUCAAUCGAAUUCAAUUCUGGAGACGUUUGGAAAUGCGAAGACAAAUCGUAACGACAACUCGUCCAGAUUCGGCAAAUAUAUGGACAUCCAUUUCGACUACAAGGGAGACCCUGUCGGAGGACAUAUCAGUAAUUAUCUCCUGGAGAAGAGUCGGGUCGUCAACCUACAACCAGGGGAGAGGAACUUCCAUGCUUUCUAUCAGCUCCUCAGCACGAACACAACACACGCGAAGAAGUUUGCUCUAAACUCCAGUUCGGUGUACAAGAUCCUGGGCAACGAACGAGCGACGGCACAGGACUCUAAGCUCUAUAACGUUACGAAUAGUGCUUUUAACGCUCUGGGCUUCCCACCGGCCGUCGUGGAUAAUAUUUGGAGUAUUGUAGCCGGAGUUAUUUUGCUGGGCGAGCUGUCGGUGGGCGAGGACGGCGCGGGGCGCGUAUCGCUGGGCGGCCCGCUGCGCCAGUGCGCGGGCGCGCUGGGCGUGGCGGAGCAGGCGCUGACGGCGGCGCUGGCGGGCCGCAUCCUGGCGGCCGGCGGGGACCUCGUCAGCAAGGAGCACUCGCAGUCCGACGCCGACUACACGCGCCUGGCGCUCGCCAAGGCGGCCUACGACCGCCUCUUCACGUGGAUCGUGCAGCAGAUCAACAAAAAAAUCGAAGCGCCAGAAAACACCUACAAGAGCUCACUAAUCGGCGUGCUAGAUAUAUACGGCUUCGAGAUCUUCGACACGAACAGCUUCGAACAGUUCUGCAUCAACUACUGCAACGAGAAGUUACAGCAACUAUUCAUUGAGCUGGUUUUAAAACAAGAGCAAGAGGAAUAUGCCCGCGAGGGUAUUCAGUGGACUCCCGUGCAGUACUUCAAUAACAGGAUCAUCUGUGAGCUGGUGGACGCGCCGCACCAGGGGAUCAUCGCCAUCAUGGACGAGGCUUGCUUGAACCCUACUAAGAUAUCCGAUGCACAAUUGCUAGAGGCGAUGGACAAGAGGCUUAACGGACACAAACACUACACGUCCCGUCAGCUCUGCCCGACGGAUAAGAAACUCAAACAUGGCGUCGAUUUUCGGAUAACGCACUACGCGGGCGACGUGACGUACGCCGUGACGGGCUUCAUGGACAAGAACAAGGACUCGCUGUGGCAGGACCUCAAGCGCCUGCUGCACGAGUCGCGCAACGCCGCGCUGCGCGACAUGUGGCCCGAGGGCGCCGCGCGACUGCAGCAGACGUCGAAGCGCCCCCCGUCCGCGGCGAGCCUGUUCCGCAGCUCCAUGGCGGCGCUGGUGGCCGGCCUCACCAGCAAGGAGCCCUUCUACGUGCGCUGCGUGAAGCCCAACCCCGUGCAGUCGCCCAACAUGUGGGACGAGCAGCUGGUGCGGCACCAGGUGGCGUACCUGGGGCUGGUGGAGAACGUGCGCGUGCGGCGCGCCGGCUUCGCGUCCCGCCAGCGCUACGACCGCUUCCUGCAGCGCUACAAGAUGCUGUCGCAGUACACGUGGCCCAACUUCCGCGGCUCGGGCGACCGCGACGCCGUGGCCGUGCUGCUGCGCGACCUGCAGCUGGCCGACGUGCAGUUCGGCCACACCAAGCUGUUCAUCCGCAGCGCGCGCACCGUGCACUCGCUGGAGGCGGCGCGCGCCGACCUCGUCCCCUCCAUCGUCGUGCUGCUGCAGAAGCUGUGGCGCGGCACGCUGGCGCGCAUCAAGUACCGCAAGAUGAAGGCCGCCAUCGUCAUAUACAACGCCUGGAAACGCUACCGCUUCCGGCGCUACAUCGGCUCGUUGCAGAGCGAGCUGCAGCGCAACCGCGGGGUGAUAUCGCGCUGGCCCCCCGGCGGCGGCCGCGCCGCCCCCAUGCUGCAGGGGGCCUACCGUCGCUGGCGCGCGUACCUCACGCUGCGCGCCGUGCCGCGCGAGCAGUGGCCGCAGCUGAAGCUCAAGAUCUGCGCCGCCAGCGCGCUGCGCUCGCGUCGCCCGCAGUGGGGGGCCACCCGCGAGUGGAGGGGAGACUAUCUGGCUCUCGACUCUUAUAAUAACAAAGCUGCGACAUAUCGAUCAGCGAUGGCAAACCUCCAGCGAUCCCAGAACAUCGGCAAGGCGCUGUUCUCGUGCAAGAUCCACAAGUUCAACCGUCACAACAAGCUGGCCGAAAGAUGUCUGCUCAUAACGGAAUCUGCGAUAUACAAACUGGACGCUAAUUCCUUUAAGCCGUUGAAAAAACCCACUCCGAUUACUGAGGUUGGAGUAGUGCGCGUGAUGAGCACCGAAGCGCAGUUGAUAGUGAUCAGUGUGCCGUCGGCGCGCAAUGACCUGGUUGUGGGGGUGGUACCACCGGCGCCCGAACCACCCACCGCCGCGGCAGACCUGCUCGGCGAGUUAAUAGGCGUGCUGGCGCAUCGCUACAAUCUACUGUCGGGCUCGGAGCUGGCGCUGGAGGUGGAGAGCGGCGCCACGACGCGCUGCACGCUGGGCGGCAAGGCGCGCGCGCUGCAGCUGCCCGCGCCCGCCGCGCCGCCCGCGCCCCCCGCCGCCGCCGCGCCGCCCUUCACGCACGCGCACAACGUCAUCACCUACCACCCCGCCUCCGCGCGCGCCUAGCGUGCCGACCGCUGAUAAUGACGCGGUCAGCGUGAUGAAACUUCGAUGACGCGAAUUUAACAUUCACAGUAAAGUAUAUGAUGCCACCUCUUAUCCGCACUAUGUGAUAUAUUUAGGUAAAUAUUCGUGCAGUAUUAAGUUUGUGAAAUACUUUCAGUCGAUGUUAUUCGUACGAGUUUAUAAAUGUUGCAACAAUUUAACAUUUAAGUUAUAUGUUGAUGUAUAUUUCUAUAGUAGGUAUACAUUUCGAUGCACAAAAAUAAUUAGGAAUGUCUGACGGAGCAUACACUGUGACACUUAUUGUACAUCAAAUUUUCUCAGGAAGAUUACCAUUAAACUUCUACCAACUUAACGAAACAAAAAAACAUGAUGGGUUUGCCAUACACAAAAAAGUUAAUGUAUUAUCAUUAUUAGACCAUUCACUGGUAACCGCCAUAGUACAUCAUAACGAAUAAAAUAUGGGUAAAAGUAUUUUAAAAUUAAUUUUUAAAUUAUUAAGUGGAACAAAUUGCAAACGAAUUCUAUUUAAAAAUGAUUGGAAAUUUGUUAGACAUUGAAAUAAUGAGAUUGUACUAAAGGAAAUACUUCAAUGAUGUUUUUAUAGAUUUUUUUACGAAUGUUUUAAAUAGUACUUAAAGCGAAACGUCCACUAUGCGAAGAUUUAAAAAAAUGUAAGUAUUCAUAUUAUCAAUUUAACUGAUAAGUCACUUAAAACAUCACACUAAAGGAAAUUCAUAAUAAAAUGUAUUUUAAAUGAUUUGUAAUGAAAACUUGGUUUUUAAUUUUGUAUAAAACAUAGUUUUAAUGAAUUUAGUUAUUAAUUUAUUACAUAGAAAUAAUUAAGGUUGGUCAGUUUGAGGUAAUUUGUAAAAAAAAAUAUCUGAACGGUGUUACCCGUACAAAGAAUAUUUCGUGAAAUAAUAAAGACAAAAUUCAUAUGUAUAUAGUAAAAAAAAACAUUAUUUAUUUUUCUAAGGCUUAUGAGGCAAAUGGUACUACAUUGAUUUCAUUAUACAUAAUAAUUGGAAUAUGCCAUUUCGAUGUGUGAGAAAAAAAAAUGAGAUAUUAAAUUAUUUUUAUUUAAAUAUAUAUCGAAAUGUUUUUAUAUCUUUCAAAUAAAAAUAAAAAUAGUCUGUGUAAACGUAAAAUAAGUACGUAGUUUGUUCAUUAAUAGGCAAAAAAAUAAUUGUUUCGUAGAAGGUAUUGUCAUGUUUGUAUAUAAUUAAGUAUUUAGUAAGUAUUUACUUUGAAUAUCUGUAAGGAAUCGCACCCAUCUGCGCGAUAGUUGAUCGAGUUUAAGACGUGGAAGAAACCAAGUUCAAUUCUACAAUUUGUGUGAUAUUUCUAAAACAUUAUCAGUUUGUUGAAUAAGUGUGACCGUAACUUUACACUCCAUUUAAAUUAUCUAUUAAAUAAUCUUCGUAUUUGCUUAAAAGGGAUUUUUUUAUCGUAAUUUUAGUUUUAACUCAGGUCGAUCGCUGAUGUGUCCGAUCCUUAACUAACAAAAUAUUUGAUGUUAUGAAAUGUAAAAGUAUUACAAUGUGAUACGAAUAUAUAUCAACAAUUUAAAAUAAUUAUCUUUUAAACUUUUUAUCUACACACUGUAUAUUUUUCUUGACGUAGUUAUAAAUUUAUAAGGAAUAGAUUUUAUUAACUUAAAUAAAUUUUAGGAUUAAUGCAUUUUAGUAUUUUAAAAUUUUAUCCGCACUUUACAAAUGUUUACACUCGAUACACUUCUUAUACAAUACGCCAUAUUUAAUAUAAUGUAUGUUAAUGUUAAUUGAAGUCAAAAACAAAUCCUCCUUGUUAAUAGGAUUCAUAUGAAUAUUAACUACAGACAACUAGAAGUUUAAAUAAAAAUACUUUGGCAAAACAUUGAAAUUCUAUUUUUUUUUUAUGUAUAAAACUGGAAAUGUAUGUUAUAUUUCUUUCCUACCGGUGUAACUACAGACAUAAAAUUAGUUCCCAAACUUUGUGGUGUAUUGGCGAUGUAGGGUAUUGUUAAAUUUUCUUACAGAGCCAAUAUCUACGUACAGUGGUGAUGCUUACUGUACGCUAGCCUACCUAUUCGAACAAAUAUACUUAUGGGGGGGAUGUACUUACCAAGACCAUGUAAUGAGUUAAUUAUUUGCCUUUAUAUAAUUGCAAUUUUAAAUAGUAGUCUUCUGGUAAGUACCUUGCCACUGUAAGUAUGUUCAUGAAUUCGUAUAGUAUUGUUACAGUACACGAGAAUGUCUGGACCCUGCUUUAAUAUUAUUUAACGUGUCAAUAUAAUAUUUUGACAAUAAAGUGAAUAAGAUUAUUUACUAAUUGAUAUAUUUUUAAUUAAAAAUGAGAUGUUACAAUAUAUAAUUUGUAAAAUAUAAAACUG